GAUAGGGACGUACUAUCGGAGGAAUAGAGACCGGAGAUGGCGUCGUCCAAGGUCAUGGGGUCGUCUAAUCCGAGAAAUUCGGAUCUUUCGCGACGCGCAUCUUCUACUGCGUCAUCUUUUGACCGUCAAACUAACAGAACCAACGACAACAACAUCACUAUCAAUAACAGUAACGCACUCAUUGCUUCUUCUUCAACAUCGUCAACUAUGACCGUCGAUGGACUUCUCCGUGAUGUCUACGGUUCAAUUCCCUCAUCGGAGUCUACGCUACUUGACGCCCAAAUCGCUCUCGUUGAUACUCCCGUACUGACUGCGGACGCAGUGGCUGAUCCCAACCAAAUUCAGAUGAUAAAUGAGAAUGCUGCUGUUGGUACUCCUCCGGUAAGGAAGAGCGUGGAUGAGGUGUGGCGGGAGAUUGUGUCUGGUGAAAGGAAGCGGAUGAAGGUGGAGCCCCCGGACGAGAUGAUGACUCUGGAGGAUUUUUUGGCGAAGGCAGGUGCUGUGGAGGAGGAUGAGGUCAAGAUGCCCCGUGCCCUGAGUGACGGGGUUUAUUCAUUUGAUCCCAGCCCCUUGCAGGUUCUGGACAAGGUGGAGGAUUCGGUAACUGGGUUCGGAGAUGGUUUGGAGGUGGUGGCUGGAGGAGGUGGAAAUGGGGGAGUAAGGAGGGGUAAUAGAGGGAGAGGGGUAGAUUUCGAGCUGUUGGAUAAGGCUGCACAACAACGACAGAGGAGGAUGAUCAAGAACAGGGAGUCUGCUACCAGGUCAAGGGAGAGGAAGCAGGCUUACCAGGUUGAGUUAGAGUCAUUGGCUGUAAGACUAGAGGAGGAGAAUGAACAGCUCUUGAAAGAGAAGGAUGAAAGGACGAAGGAAAGGUUUAAGCAGCUUAUGGAAGAAGUGAUUCCAAUUGUUGAGAAGAAGAGACCUCGUCGAGUCCUUCGGAGAGUACACUCAAUGCAGUGGUAGAUUAUAUAUUUGCUUAUUGAAGAAUAUGGUACACUCGUUCUGUCAUAGGGAAAAAAAAUAAGAGGAAGAAAUGCAUCAAUCUUUCGGACAUUCAUUUCUAGAUAUCGACAUUGAAAGCUGAAGUAAUUUCUCAGAUGAUGCAGCGUGGAGACAAAGGGUGAUUGAAACCUUAACCAUGAGGGAGACUCCCUAUAACUGAAGUAUACUUGCAAUGCAUCCAGGUACAUAGAGGGCUGAGAUGAUUCAUGUCGUUCGUAGGUUUUGCUAUGUAAGAAGAAUCAUGUUCUCCUUUUACUGGUCGGUCCCUGUGAAAAAGGAAUGACUCUGCCUGCUAUUAGUCUUAAUGAAUCAUGACAGCUCCUUAAUGAAAAUAUAUAGACUCGUGGUUGGUGUUUUUCUGAUCA